GCUCCGAAAUUCAGUUUAGUAUGUACGGAAACGGUAACAGAGAAUACAUGUUUUCAUCUUGAUAAUAACCUUGCAUCAUAACUUAGGUUACGACAAGGCAUGAGUACCAUUGUCGUGGAGUCACUCCAAGCAGAAUUGGGAGCAUCAGAACCAUGGCCAGACGAUGUGUGUCUGUAUCAGCCGUACCAAGUGGAUCAAAUAACCUUCCCAGACUAUGCCAACUGUUUGAGUGUGAAGACGUUUCUGCACAUGUGUGGACUCAACUUCCAGGUGGAGCUGCGAGCUAACGCUGAAGAGAUGUCUCCGUCAGGAAAAGUUCCAUUUCUGCAUUGUGGACCAUUUCUUGUGUCGGAGUUGGAUCCAAUAAUUGGAUUUGUGCAUACAAAAGGUUUUCUUCUGAGUCGAGACUUGAGUGAAGCGGAAAGGUCAGAGAUGCGGGCAUACAUGGCUCUAGUGGAGAACAUACUUGUCAAGGCUGAGUUGUACCUUGCUUGGAUUGAUAAGACUGUUUCAAAUGAGGUUACUAAGCCAAGAUACGGGUACGUCCACCCAUGGCCACUGAAAACCAUUCUACCGUGGAAGAAGCAGAGAGAGGUGUACGCCAUGCUGGAUUCGGCUGGCUGGGCAAAGAAAACAAUAUUACAGGUUUGCGAUGAAGUUCGGACGUGUUGCCAGGCGCUUUCAGAAAGACUUGAUAAACAGCCUUAUUUUCUUGGUGAUAGACCAACCGAAGUAGAUGCCCUGGUUUUCGGACAUCUUUACACCCUGCUAACAACAUACCUUCCCGAGAGACGGUUUGCGGAAAUCAUCGAGGAGUUCAAGAAUCUCACAGCGUUCGUGCAGCGAAUAGACAAUAAAUUUUUCAAGAUACCCGGAAAUCUGUUUUGAUGGACAGUUAUUAUUCAGUUUUGAACGCCAGAACACUUGUGGUGGUGUUGUUUAUGAUAAUUUCCUCUGCAACGUUGUAUUUAGAUUUUUAAAAACAAAGAGAAACUGCAUUAUAAACUGUAGUGAGGUGUGAAUAUUGUGUUCAUUAGUAGACGGCUGGUCAUAGGUGUCAAAAGAUGUUAGCAACUGGUUUGGAGAAGAUGGGGGGGGGGGGGGGGGGGGCAGUUAAGUAUUUAGUUGUUUUUCAGCUGGGGGGGGGAGGCAGGUGUAAUCUCAUCAUAGAUGUCAGAAGAUGCUUGCAACUGGUUUGGAGGAGAUGGGGGGGGGGGGUAGUUAAGUAUUUAGUUGUUUUUCAGCUGGGGGGGGAGGCAGGUGUAAUCUCAUCAUAGAUGUCAGAAGAUGCUUGCAACUGGUUUGGAGGAGAUGGGGGGGGGGGGGUAGUUAAGUAUUUAGUUGUUUUUCAGCUGGGGUGGGGAGGCAGGUGUAAUCUCAUAGAUAUCAGAAGAUGCUUGCAACUGGUUUGGAGAUUGAGUGGGGGGGGGGGGGGGGGGGGGCAGUUAAGUAUUUAGUUGUUUUUCAGCUGGGGGUGGGGGAGGCAUAAUCUCAAUUGGAUUAUGUCCUGCUUUCGACACCUAUGUCUGUGCAAUACGGUUGUCUGUAAAACAAACACAAAAAUUGUUGCUUAUCUAUAAUUUAAGAAAAUUAAAAUUGUUAAAACUUGGCAGGGAACAUUUUGUUUUGAACUUUUACAGAUUCCUACUCCAUUUUAAAAAUGUUAAAUACAUGAUGAUGCUCAGUUUUUAGUUGGUUAUAACAUGUUGAUAAAAAAAUGUUUACAAAACAAAAUAGUCCCUGUUUGGCUACUACAAUUUAGACCCAUUCCAGAUAUUUCAUUGUUAUUGUAAUUGUAAAAUAAAGUAGAAAUUAGAUAAUUUUGUUUCUAGAAAGAAAAAAAAAUUCCCCACCAACAAAUUAGAUAAAUUUCUUUAUAAGGAUUCUGUGAAUACAUUGUUGCAUUAUAAUUUUUGAAUUGCGAAAGCAUGUGUGGUAUGUGUUAAAGGAAAUGUAAGCAGUUAUGCCAGUAUUUGGAGGGGGUGGUUAUAAUAUAUUCGCCUUUCAGUUGGUGUGUGUAUGGGGUGAGUGUGUGAUGAGGCAUAAUCUUAACCUUGAAGAAUCUGGUCCCCCUCCCCAACACCAAUGCCUAUGGUUAUUACAAAGUUUCUUUCAUCUGUUAUGGUUUUACAAACAAUUUCAGAAUAAAGUGUUGCUAUUUA